GUCCUCCGUCUUCGGGGUUCGUGACACAAAACUGUGACGAUUACCAAACGCGACGGGAUUCCUGCUCAGCCGGAUUGCGAGGAAGUAGCGACACACAUCCCAGGAGGAAGCAGAGAUGGAGAGCCAAAACCAUUGUUGUCCUGUUCACUUCGUCUUUUUGAUCUUAAUGUCGAUUGCAGCAUUUGUCCCGGUCUCUGCUGAGGGGACAAAGACGGUGGAGUUCAACGUGAAACCGGGAGGAGUGGUACACACGUUCACCGAGGGGAUUAGGGAGUAUGAAUGCUCAUUCACAUAUGCCUCACAAGGGGGAACCAAUGAGCAAUGGCUAAUGAGUGUGGGUCUGAGUGAAGAUGACAGACUGUUUUCCUGCUCUGUGUGGAGGCCCCAGGGGAAAUCGUACCUGUUUUUCACUCAGUUCAAAGCUGAACUGAAGGGAACCAAAAUUGAAUAUGCCAAUGCAUAUUCACAGACAGCGGCAGCAGGACAAAGUGACGUGCCUCUGAAGCCAGAGGAAUUUACCGUAGGAGACUCAACAGUGACCCACAACGAUGGAAAGUUCAGUGCUCAACUCUCCAAGCUGACUGCCAUUGGACGGACACGGCAUGACGAGCUGUAGAUGGUCAGAUAACUGACUUUUUUCCAGUGAAGUUUUUGACCAAUCAGAGCACCUUGAUGAGCUCUGGGAGGAGCCUCUUGGUUUCAGCUCUUUAGUAAAUGAAGGGUGGAUUUAGGAGAGAGAAUUUCUAGAAUGACUUUUAAAACUUGAAAGGGAUGAUUCUGCUAUUGCCGCACUUUGUAUGUCAGUACAUAAACCAUCUGCUAUGUUUUAAUGAAGGAUUUAUGAGUGAAAACACUUCAUGUGAUAAAAAAAUGCAGCAAGGAAUCUGUUGCGUAUUCCAAUUUUUUACUACAUAAUGUCCUAGUUAAAAUUCUGCCAUAAGAUAAAGUGCUUCCAUCGUUGUUUCUUGGAAACUGAAGCUGUGAGAUUUACUGAAAAUAUAGUUCUGAUGCGGUGGGGAUGUAUGUGAAUGUGUAGAGGAUUGGUGUCUUAGGGCUUGAGAGUAUAGAUAACAUAUUUAGAGUAUGGAGGGAUUUAUCCAUCCUAUGUAAUCCUGAGAAGAAAUUGAGUAAUCCUCAACAGCGGCAUCACACGCGCAAAAAAACAAUUACAUUUUCCUCAAAUUCAUUCUGCUCUAGACAGCUGCACGCAUGCAUUUUAUCCCAUAAAUCACCAAUUAGUACCACUUUUAUGACUUUCUGUGCUGUUUUUGGUCAGAGGGGAUACUUGUUACAGAGCAAAAAAAAAACAGAUUUACUGUAAACUAAAGAUCAUUCUCAUUGGAUAUUUGUUGUUGAUCCUUUAAAUUAGAUUUUUCUGGAUACAAUGCAGAAGAAGAUACACAUAUGCUCCUUAUCUCAGGAUAUUUCAGUCACUUUGCAAUUUUAAUAAUAGCCCAAUAUAAAUCAAACACAAGGCGUGCACAGGCGUUAAGAUCAAAGAGUAUUUAUGGCGAAGAGAUGUCAUCCCAUAUUCUGCAGCCCUUUUUCAAACUUUUACUUUCAUCUUUCUGUGCCACGUGUGGAUCAGCGAGGAUUGUGCAGGUUUCAAAAGUACAUCCCUGUGAUUACAGGUCCCCCUCCUCUCCCUGAUCCCCUAUGUGGCGUAUAGGAUUGCCUUUAUCUUCCUUACAUUGAUCCAACCCUCUUAGAUCCACACAAGUGUCCACAAGAUGAGUUCUGGGGAUUGAUUUCAGAUUUGAGGAUUUUGCUGAUUUGAUUCUGAGGUGGGAUUACUCACAGAGAUUCGUACGUUGUUUGGUCUGGGUUUGGAUUCUCUCAUCUGUCUGGAGAAGUUCUGCUGAGGAGUUGAGGACAUGCUCAGUUUGUUCGUCCCUUUGUCAAAGUCGAGGCUCCCUCUGGGAUCACAGCAGGAAAAAAACCCACAUCCGAUUGCUGACCCAGGAUAGAAAAAAAACAAACAAACACAAGAAGUGACUUUUUUUGUACAUGCUUUCUUCUUUGCUGUCCUGAUUCAUGCUGAAAUGUGAUGGAUGUUUCAAUAAAGACACAAUGUCACUAUGUCGGA